GUUUUUGGUUUGUGGCAUCCUUUGUCCUUUGUGAGUUUGUCAUUUUUGUGUAAUUCCCACCAGCACUGGAAAGGAAAAUUCCAAUUCUGGAUUCUUUGUAUGAUCAUCUUGCGUUUCUUCUUAAAUGUAAUUUUUUUUUAGGUCCAAGGCAGUUGUCUGGAGGUGCGCCCCUGUCUGAGGCUCCACAAGAGAACUAGGCCAGCCAGGAAUGCAGGUGCACGGGCACAGGUUCUGCUUCCUGCAAGACUGCUACCUGGAGGAAGAGAGUGCUUCCCAAGGAGAGCUGUGCAGCGGCGUGCUUCACUCCAGGGCCCGGAGCUCAUUCUAGAAGGAGGACAUGGAUGGAGCCCGCGCAUGGCUACCCCGGCAUCCACUCUCCUGCGAGGCCUAACGCGGACCCCCCGGGGAUGCCUCCUGAGUGACGAUGGUCCGCCGCUGGGUGCUGGCGUGGGUGUCCCGGCUGGUACUGCUGCUGGUGCUGCUGUGCUGUGCCCUGUCUGUGCUCUACAUGCUGGCCUGCACCCCCAAGGGUGGUGAUGAGCGGCUGGGGCUUCCCAGGGCCAAUGGCCCCACGGGCAAGGAAGGCUACCAGGCGGCGCUGCAGGAGUGGGAGGAGCAGCACCGGGACUACGUGAGCAGCCUCAAGCGGCAGAUUGCCCAGCUCAAGGAGGAGCUGCAGGGCCGCGUGGAGCAGCCGCCUCCGCCACCGCAGCGCCCUGACCUGCUGGCCUUCCUGCGCGCGCAAGUGGACAAGGCCGAGGUGCACACGGGCGUCAAACUGGCCACUGAGUACGCCGCCGUGCCUUUCGACAGCUUCACUCUGCAGAAGGUGUACCAGCUGGAGACCGGCCUGACUCGCCACCCGGAGGAGAAGCCGGUGCGCAAGGACAAGCGCGAUGAGCUGGUGGAAGCGGUGGAGUCGGCAGUGGAGGCCCUCAACAACCCCGCAGAGAGCGGCCCCAAUCGGAGGCCCUACACGGCCCAGGACUUCAUAGAAGGGAUCUACCGCACGGAGAGGGACAAAGGCACGCUGUACGAGCUCACCUUCAGAGGGGACCACAAGCAUGAGUUCCGACGGCUCGUCCUCUUCCGCCCCUUCGGCCCCAUCUUGAAGGUGAAGAAGGAGAAGCUAGACAUGGCGCACACGCUCAUCAAUGUCAUCGUGCCGCUGGCCAGGAGGGCCGACAAGUUCCGGCAGUUCAUGCAGAACUUCAGGGAGAUGUGCAUCCAGCAGGAUGGGCGGAUUCAUCUCACCGUUGUUUACUUUGGGAAAGAAGAAAUGAAUGAAGUUAAAGGAAUACUUGAAAACACUUCCAGAGCCGCCAACUUCAGGAACUUCACCUUUAUCCAGCUGAACGGAGAGUUCUCCCGGGGCAAGGGCCUGGACGUGGGUGCCCGCUUCUGGAAGGGCAGCAACGUCCUGCUCUUCUUCUGCGAUGUCGACAUCUACUUCACGUCCGAGUUCCUCAACACGUGCAGGCUGAACACGCAGCCAGGCAAAAAGGUCUUUUACCCCGUGCUGUUCAGUCAGUACAACCCGGGCAUCAUCUAUGGCCAUCAUGACGCAAUCCCUCCCUUGGAGCAGCAGCUGGUCAUAAAGAAGGAGACCGGGUUUUGGCGAGACUUCGGCUUUGGGAUGACCUGUCAGUACCGGUCGGACUUCAUCAACAUAGGUGGCUUCGACCUGGACAUCAAGGGCUGGGGCGGGGAGGACGUGCACCUGUACCGGAAGUACCUGCACAGCAACCUCAUCGUGGUGCGCACACCCGUGCGUGGGCUCUUCCACCUGUGGCACGAGAAGCGCUGCGUGGACGAGCUGACCCCCGAGCAGUACAAGAUGUGCAUGCAGUCCAAGGCCAUGAACGAAGCAUCUCACGGGCAGCUGGGUAUGCUGGUCUUCAGACACGAGAUCGAGGCUCACCUGCGCAAGCAGAAACAGAAGGCGAGCAGCAGGAAGACAUGACAUCCGCGGUCACCCCUCCCUGGGGUGGAACGGUCAGGGCCAAGGGUCAGGGCCAAGCAUGUCCUCUCUCCCUCUUUCCU